GAUAGCGCGUCAAGAUGUCUGGAAGAGGCAAAGGAGCAGGAAAAGCCCGUGCUAAGGCCAAGUCCCGUUCAUCCAGAGCGGGUCUUCAGUUUCCAGUCGGUCGUGUUCACAGACUACUUCGUAAAGGCAACUAUGCGGAGCGUGUCGGCGCUGGUGCUCCCGUCUACUUGGCGGCCGUGCUGGAGUAUCUGACCGCUGAGAUCCUGGAGCUGGCUGGAAACGCCGCCCGCGACAACAAGAAGACCAGGAUCAUCCCCCGCCACCUGCAGCUGGCUGUCCGCAACGACGAGGAGCUCAACAAGCUGCUCGGAGGAGUCACCAUCGCUCAGGGUGGAGUGUUGCCUAACAUCCAGGCGGUUCUGCUGCCCAAGAAGACAGAGAAGUCCAAGAAAACUACUAUAAAAGCUAAAACUACCAUGAGUGGAAGAGGCAAAACCGGCGGCAAGUCCCGCGCCAAGGCCAAGUCCCGCUCCUCCAGAGCCGGACUCCAGUUCCCGGUCGGUCGUGUCCACAGGCUGCUCAGGAAGGGCAACUACGCUCAGCGCGUCGGUGCCGGUGCCCCCGUCUACCUGGCGGCCGUGCUGGAGUAUCUGACCGCUGAGAUCCUGGAGCUGGCUGGAAACGCUGCCCGCGACAACAAGAAGACCAGAAUCAUCCCCCGCCAUCUGCAGCUGGCUGUCCGCAACGACGAGGAGCUCAACAAGCUGCUCGGAGGAGUCACCAUCGCUCAGGGCGGAGUGCUGCCCAACAUCCAGGCGGUUCUGCUGCCCAAGAAGACCGAGAAGCCCGCCAAGGCCAAGUAAAGGCUCCA